AUGUCGUUUGGCGGGAAAAAAUUCAGGUCUAGAAGACAGCAGUUAGCAUAUGAAGCAUCUUUGGCGGGGCGAUAUAAGAAAGCAUUGAGUAAGCACCCCUUUCUAUUCUUUGGUUUACCAUUUUGUGCAACAAUAGUAUUAGGUUCCUUUUGGUUGUCAAACUUUACAGCGAUCAAGUAUGAGCAAGGAGAUCGUAAAGUUCAGGAAAUUAAUGAAGAGGAUAUCUUGAAACUAAGGAAAAAUCAAAGAGAAUUCGACAUAAAAGAAGAAUAUUACCGUUUACAAGGUCUUUCUGAGGAGGAUUGGGAGCCUGUACGCGUAGCCAGGUUAAAGGAUGAAUCGGAGAAUGUCUGGUAA